AUGACAACUCCGGAAAAUAUGCCAAACUGCUACCGUCUUUCCAGCGACGUUCAAUUUGAAGAAUCUCCCGACUUUGAAAAAUUCAAUUAUUUCAACUGCAACAGACCAGCCAGUUCCUAUCCCUCGCCUGCAGAAGUUCGAGAGAAUCCAUUACUUCGACGUUCAUGGGGCUCCUAUACGACGAAAUUUGAUUCACUUAAUCUUGUUGUGAAAUAUGGGAAAGAUAUCACUGCGUCUGAAGCACACUGCCUUGAAGCUCUUCGCAGGCUCUUGCCCGACGAGGUACCUGUCCCCAAGUGGGAGUCGCUCUCUGAGGAGGCGAAGAAGGAAGUCUGCAAACAACUACGUAGUAUGGUAAACAGUCUGCGCAAGUUAGAGCAGGACCCGAGCGAUCAGUUUGUUGGUCGAAUCGACCGAAAGCCCCUCCUUGAUGUCGUCUUUACAGAUGGAGUGAAACCCCCAGCCGGACCAUUCAACACUGCCAAAGAGUUCCAUGAUUGGCUCUCUGUUCUGUUCAAAGAGCCCGGGAAACUUCAUUUUCCCGAUCCUUUCCGGGGGUCUCUUCCAGACAACUCGAGGAUUGUGUUCACUCAUGCUGAUCUACAUCCAAGCAACAUAAUGGUGUCUGCUAAUGGGUCCAGUCAUGUCCUUGCUAUCAUUGACUGGCACCAGUCAGGAUGGUAUCCCGAGUAUUGGGAGUAUUGUAAAGCUCUGUAUACUGCGGACUUUACCAAGGAAUGGGCGCUGGAGUAUGUCCCACAGUUUGUCAAUGUUGUCGAGUUUUUUGAAGAUUGGCUUUGGUAUCCACGGUCUAUGGGGUAUUCAUGA